UUCUGAUAGAAAAAUUAACAAGACAAACUUCCUCCUGGAAAUCUCCUUUCAUUCAGAUGAGAAAUUCUUCCGCGAGUAUUUUCCAGUGUCAGAUGUGCUGAUUCUUAAGAAUUUUGUUUCACAAUGACUGGAUACGUUGGAAAUCUAAACGCGACUCAGGAAGAGGCAUUGAAAAAGCUUAAAGAAAACACAGUAGAUGUCCACAGAUCUUCUUAUGAUGAUUAUUACUACCUCCGGUGGCUGAGAGCCAGAGAGUUUGAUGUUUCUAAAGCAGAAACUAUGAUGAGGAAAAAUAUAGCAUUUCGAAGGAAAAUUGGGGCUGACACAAUUCUGGAAGAUUACAAAGUACCUGAGCUAAUUGAUCAAUGCUUUCCCAGAGGUUAUAUUGGUCCCGACAAAGACGGAUGUCCAGUUAGAUAUCUGCCCUUCAAGUUCCUGGAUCUCAAAGGAUUUGCUUUUUCUGUCAAACAGUCAGAUGUACUCAAGUUUUUAGCGUAUCUUUUCGAGCACGACAUACAGGAAAUGGAAGAAAUGACCAUAAAGACUGGAAAAGUUAUAGAAAAGCAUUCUUACAUACUAGAUAUGGAUGGUUAUUCGUUUCAAAGAGCUUCCAAUAGAGACGGAAUAAAUUUGCUGAGUGAAAUUUUAAAGCUUUACGAAGCUCACUAUCCUGAAAGAAUGAAAACUGCUUAUUUUAUAAAUGCUCCAAUUUACUUCAAUGUGGUUCUAAAUGUGCUGAAACCAUUCCUGUCUGAAAAUACUCUAAAGAAGUUUCAGGUGUUUGGAAAAGAUUUCAAGAAAUACCUCCUGAAUGAUAUUGACGCAGAAAUUUUGCCAAAAUUUCUAGGAGGAGAAAGAACAGAUCCUGAUGGCAACCCACUAUGUGAAAGCUUUAUUAAUUUCGGAAGCCUGAUACCUCCCGAGAAAUAUGUUCUUCGAAAAUCUCUGGUAGGAGAAGAAGGUAUUUCGUGCAUUAAAGUGCCUCGAAUGGCAUGGCGUCUAGUAGAUAUCCCCGUGCCAGAAGCAAACAGCAAGGUGGAAUGGGAGUUUGAAACUUCGACGCAGGACAUCGCCGUCGCAUUUUAUUUCCGAAAAGACGGCGAGGGACUGGAAGAACUCAAUCCUCCAGAGCGUGUUGCCUGUCAUUUGGUUCCAGAGUCAGGAACAUUCUUGUGUGAAAAGCCUGGAACAUAUGUCUUGAAAUUUGAUAACAGCUACAGCUGGUUGUCAACAAAAAAAGUUUUUUACAAAAUUAAAGUGACACCGGCGGGUACAGAUGAAGAGCGUGAAGACUAUUAAACUUAAUUUGUGGAAAGAAACUUUGUCUGAAUGUACUAUGAAUUUUUAUCUUUGUUUUGUUGUAAGUUAUAUUAAAAAAUUGUUACAAAUG